GCCCCAAACCCUCAGCAGUAAGUUGGCUGAUGCUGGCAGCCAGACAAAUCUGGCACCACACGGCAGGCAGGCAGGCAGUGCACUGCUCGUCCCUUCGCUUUGCUGUGUGUGGGGAUGCUGGACACCAACAGCCAGCCAGGGAUCCGGCCAAAGGCUGCUCCGCUCGGCGCCUGAACCCUGCUGCUCUGUGCCCGGGUGGGAGAGACAGAUGUCAGAGGACAAGACAGACAAGGUAAAAAUCAAAGCAGCUGAAAGUUUUGAACAUGAAAAGCAAAAUAUUUCUUGGCUGAAAAAAGACCGUCGUACCAGCUCCCUGCCUCUACUGGCCCUCCCUGGGGUGACAUCAAGCAGCGAGGACCAUCCAGAUAACCAGCUUACAAAUGAAAAACACACAGAUGAAAAGCCUAUGAAAGGUAUUGUUAUGAGUUCUGUCGCAGAAUUCAGCAUCACAGACGCUUCAUCAAAGGGUUCCAAAAAUGAGAAGAAAUUGUCAGAUGCAAGCAGAUCAUCCAUUGCUUCCCUGGAGAAAUGCAGAGAAUUCUCUUACAUUGAAGAUGAUGCAUCAGUACAUCAGAGAGACAGUGACGAUGAAUGCGCAACACUUAUCCUGGCCUGCUUGUUCUGCCAGUUUUGGGACUUUCUUAUAAUGCUGCCUGAUACCUGUGAACAUUGGCUGACAGAUACCUGUUGUCCAUCCAAUAGAUAUUACCAGACCUCCGACGAAGACCACGGCAGCAACGACUGCAACUGUGACUGUGACAUUGAUUGCAGCCUCUUUGAGUCCUGCCACGAGACCGGCGAGUGCCUGGAGCUGGCCAUGGAGAUCUCUGAAGUCUGCUAUCGCUGAUAGGAAAAUAAUUGACAAAAUUCAUCAAAACUACCCGGCAGAUUACAAAGGAGAUUUUUUUUUUUUUUUUAAUAUUAAUCAUAACCGGAGGUUUUGUCAAUGAGGACUAUGUGCAUCUUGUUGCUCCCUCCCUGGAGGUCUCUAUGUUGGCAUGAUAUCACAAACUGCUGAAACCAAUAAAGGACGAAAAGGGGUCUUCUCUGCCAUAGAUGACAACAGAAUUCCUAAGUGCCAAGUGUGCUCGCUGCUUUACCCACUGUCAAUCCAAGC